CCGUGUGCCUGUCAGCAGUCUACCGUGUUGGUCGUCUGUGUCGGGAACAAUGUUUAACAUCAAUAAGUUAUUAAACCGAAUAUCUGACCAGAAGGUUUCGGCGUCACCAACCACUCCCCCGACAUCCCCAGACCCCCCCAACACGCAAGAUAGGAACGACGAAGGCGCUGAGGGUUUUCUAUGUCCAUCAUGUAUGAGAGCCUUCCCCUCUGCUGAGGCUCUUCAGGACCACUACGAGACGAGUCACACAGAUGCGGUUGGGGGCAGCACUUUCAUCUGUCCAGCCUGCAAGAUGCGACUGGGAUCCGAAGCCGCCUUACAGAGCCAUUUCGCCAGGCAUCACAUCUCCAAGGAAGAGAGGUAAGUUGUACAAAGUAUGGUUGCAGCUGGCUCUGGAGGGAUUUCGGAUUUGUUCCAGCAAUGGUGAAGACACUCUCCGACAAGACCUGUCUGAGAUGGACACCUCGCUGAAGGAGGAGCGUUGGUACACUGAAGAACUCAAGAAGGAAAUCUCACGUCUGCAGGACAUCGUCCUGGAAAAAGCCACUCCUGAUAUGGCAGAGCAGGAGAUGCUUCAUUCGCAGAUGAAGGCCUUGGAGGAGGGAAAAGCACUGCUAAUGUCCGAAGUGGUGUUACUGCGCCAGCAGCUGGGUCAGAUGGCGGAGCAACAGGCAACACUGAUCAGCGAGAAGGAGCAAGGAGACAGGGUGAAGGCCUCCGCCGCCUUGGAGGAACUGGAGCGUGAACAUCAGAAUCUCAAGAUGGAGCAGGUUGCACUCCAGGAACGUUGUACGCUGUUACAAGAGGAGAAGGGCAGACUGGAAAAAGCCUUGGAGAGGGCUCCCAGACAGGAGGAAAUCGAAAGUUUGAAGGCUGCCCUGUCGGACCAUUCUUCCAGCAGCGGCGUCUUGCAGGGAGCUCUGGAACAACACAUGGAACAAGUGAAGGAACUACGAGAGAAGCUGAAACAACAAGAAGACCUGGAAAAGAAACACAGACAGGAACUGGAGAGAUGCUCCGAAGAAAUGCAGAGACUUCGACUCGAAGUGGAACACAAAAUGUCUCAACUGUCUUCAACCUCCGACUCCCUGAAUGCUGAGAACAUGAACAAUCAGCUGCUGAGUAGUCAACUAAAAGCGCUGCAAGCAAAGCUGGAAGCGAUGGAAGCAGAAAACAUCAAACUGGGAACAGCCCUGGUGGAUCAGCGCACCGCAAUGCAGAGAAGCUUGCAGGAUAAGGAGGAAGAAAAUGCGGCGCUGCUUCGUGAACAAUCCAAGGCGAAGCAGGACCUGAAGGAGAAAGAUACACUGCUCGCCAGCGCCCUCGAGCAGCUGGAAAAAGUGAAGGCGGACCACACUGCACUGGGCGCGUCCAAUGACAGCCUCAAGAAGGAGUCCUGGGAGAAAGAGAAUGAGGUGCAAGGGUUGAAGAGGCAGCUGGAAGCGAAUGCCACCAGGAUGGGAAAGAUGGACCAAGAGACGUCCAGGUUGAGGGACUCCCUGUCGAGGCUGGAGGCGGAGCGCGAUCAGCUCUACGCAAAGAUCGAAGCGGGAGAAGGCUCGAACGCUGUCAUCCAACAGCUGAAAGAGGAAAACGCGUUGCUGGUCGAACGAGUGGGGUCGCAGGAGAGGGCAAACGUGCAGGCGAACGACGACGCUCAGCGCAGGAUCGAGGACCUGCACAGGGAACUGCAGGAGGCCUCCACGCAGCUGCAGAUGAAGGGCCUCGAAAACGAACGACUCUGUCAGUCAGUAGAUUCGCUGCAGGACACCUGCACGGCAAACGAAGCGCGUCUAGGCAAAUUGGAGUCGGAUCUUCGUCAAGCACUUGAUUCCGUGAACCGUUCCGAAACAUCGAGGGCACAGCUGCAGGCGGACUUGGACAAGUGCAAGGCACAGCUUCAGGAGAAGGCUAAGGACCUAGAAGGAAUUGCUGAAAAAUUGCACAAAGUGACUUCCCUGCAGACCAGCACGAGCAGCGAGUGCAGGGAGCUGGAAUCUGCACUGACGAGCGAACGCCAAAAGAGUGGCAAGCUCCAGUCUAGGUGUAGUACCCUGGACCAGGAGCUCUCCCACAAGAGCAAAGAGCUGGCCACACUCACAGCCGAAAAGACUACCCUGCAACUCAAGCUGGAGGAGUCAGCCAAGCAGCUUAAUGCCCUGCAGCAGAAGCAUCAUGAGGUGAACCAGUUGAAGAAAACACUGGAGGGUCGUCUGCUAGAUACGGAGGAAAAGCUGCGGGCGUCUGAGAAAACCUAUCUGGAAACACGCCGCCAAAAGGAAGAAGAAAACGCCAAGUUGCAGGAGCAAAUGGACACUCUGAAGCAGGAAGCUGAGCAUAACAUCCGCUCACUGGAAGAAUGCAAGCGUGCACUGGAGCUGAGCUGCUCGCAACUUGAGGAAAAAUUGGAAGACACGGCAAAGAACCUGGGCAAUACCAAGGAAAAGGCUCAGCAUUUUGAAGCUGAGGCGAAAAAGGUGCAAGCGCAGCUGGAAGAGGAACAGAAAGCGUCUGCCCUGUUGAGAAGCUCGGAGGAUGCGCUCCGAAGUACCGUGGACACCCUGACGUCCAGGACAGAGGAGCUGGACAGUGCUCUCUCCGAGUCCCGCGCUAAAACUGACACGUUGGGGUCCGAGCUGGCGCAAGUGACUGAUGCCAGCAGUCGCCUCAAGGGGGAGCACGAGAGCUUAAGUUCGAGAAUGGUUGCAAUGGAGUUGCAACUUGAGGAGUACCAAGCGCUUUCUUCAAAGUCGAAACACGAGCUGGAGCAACUGAAAGCGGAGCUGGAAGCGAGUCGUCUUGACGUGCACGACCUCACUCAGAAGAGGGACGAACUGUUGACCAAGGUGAAUUUGUACGAGGAACACAUCUCAGCUCUCCAGAGCCAAGUCCAGUCCCUCUCGGAAGAAAAGAAUGCUCUCGAAGGACGCCUCCAUGCGGAAAGUGCCUCGUGGGAGACAAAGGCUGCCCAGCUGGACUCCCAGUUAGCGCACCUACGAAAGCAGUAUACCGCACAGACAGAGCAGAUGGCGAAGGAAAUUACUUCCCUGAAGGAGGCGAGGCAGUUGCUUAUUGAGCAGAAGGUGGACCUGCAGGGGUCCAUGGACGCCCUGCGUGCUGAGAAAGAGGAAGAACGGGAACGGUUUGAAGCUAAGGAAAAGCAGCAACAGAGCGAAAACUCGGCCCUGAAGGGUGCUCUCGAGAAACACAAGGCACAGCUGGAGGCAGAGUGUGCCAAGAGAAAGGAGCUGAGCAGCGAGCGGGAGAAGGAGAGAGAGACGCUGGAAGCGCGCAUUGGCGCCCUCUCCGACAACCUUGACACCUUCCGCACCGACCUCUCGAACGAGAGGCACAAACGGGAGGCUGCCGACGCUCGAGUGGACCAGCUCUACGGAGAUAAAUUGGAAUUGGAGGCAAAGCUGGAAAACACUGUCGAGGAAAGGAGGGCUCUGUUGGACAGGUGUCUCGGCUCUGAGGGCGAAUGCGACCAGCUGCGCAAGACCACGUCGGAGCUCCGCAAGAGGCUGGACGACUCCGAGGCUGCACUGCAGGAGCUAGGCUGGGAAAAUCAGGCAUUGCAGAUCGAGAAUGCAAGGCAUCAAGGUCGCAAAUGGGCUGACGACUCCCAGGUCGCAAACUGCAUGGACUGCCAGAAGCCCUUCACACUUACCAUACGAAAGCACCACUGCCGGAAUUGCGGCAACAUCUUCUGCAACGAGUGCUCGUCUAAAAGUGCCACCAUUCCAUCUUCCAAACGGCCGGUCCGAGUGUGCAACGUCUGCUACACGGAAGUUACUAAAUGACUUCGAUCGACUCAGUAUUAGAGUUAUUUUUGUACAAAGCUCUUCUGUAGAAGAUACUUUUCUUACAAUUGCUGUCAAUGAUUAGAAAUAUAUGUGGACACAUUGCUUCGUGUGAAGUGAUUGAACUAAUAAAAUACGCCGUCAUCUCCA